CUUCAUCUCCCCUGUUUCACACUUUUUCUUCUUUCAUUGUGUGGGUGCAGAAAUGGCUAUAGAGCUCAUGAUGGAUUACAGAAACGGAAAUUUCAUGGAGAAAAUGGAAGACAGCGUAGUUCAAGAGGCAGCAUCCGGGUUCCAGAGCGUCGAGAAGCUAAUUAGGUUGCUGUCCCAAAACCAACAACAACAACAACAACAACAACAGAAUCAGGAGAAGCUUCAAUCGCCUUCAAGUUCGACGAAAUCUUCCAUGGAUUUGGAUUUGGGCUGUCAGGCUGCGGUGGAUGUCGCCGUUUCCAAGUUCAAGAGAGUGAUUUCCCUCCUGGGUCGACCCAGAACCGGCCAUGCCCGUUUUAGACGAGGCCCUGUUCUCGCCCCUGCUGUAUCUGUAUCUUCCCCUGCUAUACAUAAUCAAGAAACAGAGCAGGAAACCAAGGUUUAUUUUGCGACCCCGAUCCAGCAGGUUCCGCCGCCGGUUACUUACCCUCAUCAGGAUUUCUUGAUGGGAAAAAAUGUGGGGCUGGAGAGGAAAGAUUCAUCCGCCACCAUUAAUUUUUCACAUUCUUCCGCUGGGAAUUCAUUUCUGUCGUCUCUAACUGGGGACACCGACAGCAAACAGCCAUCUUCAUCGUCUGCCUUUCAGAUGACGAAUUUUUCUCAAGUUUCUUCCGCCGGAAAGCCGCCUUUGUCUUCUUCCUCUUCUUUUAAGAGGAAGUGCAGCUCUGAGACCCUGGGUUCUUCCAAGUGCGGCAGCUCUUCCAGCAAGUGCCAUUGCUCCAAGAAGAAAAAGCUGAGAGUGAAGAGAGUGGUGAGGGUUCCGGCAAUAAGCUUGAAGAUGGCUGAUAUUCCACCGGACGAUUACUCCUGGAGGAAAUAUGGACAAAAACCAAUCAAGGGAUCUCCUCAUCCAAGAGGGUAUUAUAAAUGCAGCAGCGUACGAGGAUGCCCAGCUCGCAAGCACGUAGAGAGAGCUGUAGAUGAUCCGUUGAUGCUCAUCGUCACCUACGAAGGCGAGCACAAUCACGCUCUCUCCAUUGCCGAAGCCUCCACUCUUAUCCUUGAAUCAUCAUAAAACAAGAGUAUAUCAUUCAAUAUAUCAGUAGAUGAACAGUUGCAGUAGCGGUAGAAUGCAUAGUAGCAGUAGUAUUAGGUCCGAAAAAAACAAAAAAACUCAGCUUAAUCUCGAAGGAGAUUAAGUAGGUUCGUUUGUUCAUCCACUGUACCAUAUGGGAUUCUGAGUUUUUUUACUGUGAAAUCAUUGAUUGUUAUUAAUUAUCAUGGAAAGGAAGGAGAAGAUCAUGGAUUUGGUAUUUGAUU